GCCAGCCCAGCCCCCCGUGAUGUCCGGCCGAGGGAAAUCCGGCGGCAAAGCCCGAGCCAAAGCCAAAUCGCGCUCCUCCAGAGCCGGCCUGCAAUUCCCCGUGGGCCGAGUGCACCGGCUGCUGCGGAAAGGCAACUACGCCGAGCGGGUGGGCGCCGGGGCGCCCGUGUAUUUGGCGGCCGUGCUCGAGUAUCUCUCGGCGGAGAUCCUGGAACUGGCCGGCAACGCGGCGCGGGACAACAAGAAGACCCGGAUCAUCCCGCGGCACCUGCAGCUGGCCAUCCGGAACGACGAGGAGCUCAACAAGCUGCUGGGCGGCGUGACCAUCGCCCAGGGCGGGGUGCUGCCCAACAUCCAGGCCGUGCUGCUGCCCAAGAAGACGCAGAGCUCCAAGAAAUGAUGAGCCCCGCGGCAGAGCGCCCCGAGGAGAGCGCGCCACGGUGUGUCCCCCUGCGCCCCACCCACAGGAUCCGGUGCAGCGGGCUCCGGACACUGCCUCCCUUCCCUUGCCCUACUUGGCUCGGCGCAGCCAGCGCCGGGCAGAUCCUUUCACCGCAUCCUCUGCCGUGGUGCAGCCAGCGCCGGGCCUCCCAUGAUGGCUCGCUUUUCCUCGCCCCGUCCCUCCCUCGCUCCCUGCGCCUGGUGCCAUAACCGCCAGGCGCCUCGGUCUCUCGCCAUUCCUGCUUUCUCUGAAUGAUUCGCCCCCCUCGCACCUCUUAGCUCUCCUGCCCCUUUUCAAUCCCAGGGAUUGGUGUGGGGAGAGCAGUCUUAAUCGUUUUCCGUGUCACAAAAAGGGCAUGUGCUUUGGGCCUGUCUGCCACCUAGUGCCCUGCAAAUUGAUUUCUUUUUCUCUCGCUCUUUUCUCUCCCCCUCCCUCUCCGCCCUUUCCUGGAUGCUUUAACCUCAAAUCUACUGCCUUGAAGCUGCUUAUUCUACAGCAUUUGUGCAAUUCGGACUUUUCUUUAUUUCCUUCCCUUUUAAAUCCCUUGUAAUUCCUUUGGGGGAGAGGAGUGGGAGAGAAGGAACUGUUAUUUUUGGAACUCGAAGAAUGAUAUGUGCAUCUUUUUUUUUUUUUUUUUUUUUAUGAACUGAAAAAAAUGGGACUAACUGCAAGAGGAGAAGUCACGGAAGCACAGGGAAAGCUUCCAGCCAACCCUGAGGAAGCAAAGGGACUCUGCUUGGGCAGUGUGUCACCAUUUCUGACAAUGGUGCUCUUUUUAAAACCUGUCUGUGCACCUAAAGGGUGAGAGCGAAUACUCUGAGGAAGAAGAGUCAGCCUCUCCAUUGCUUCCUUAUUUUGCACAAAUAUUCAAUCUAAUCUCUUAAAACAGCUCUGUCCCAGAGCCCAAGAUGGUGAUGGAUCUAUCUACCUGAUGUUGCUGCACAUCCCCAUUCAAUGUGAUCACGAAUUUAAGGAUAAAGGGAAGGGGGAAGCUGCUAAGAAAUUCUCAAAGUGAAAAGAGAGAGACUUCUCUUCCUGAGAAACUAAUAGCUUCAUAUGCUGACCUUUUCCCCUCCCCCUUGUUUGCUUUAUGAUUAUGAUGAGGUCUUGUGUCUUUGUGUUUGUACUCCAUUCCUAAUCCUGUACACUUAAGUUUUGUUGUUACAAAGCUAUCUUUUUGAUCUAGUUUAUAUUGUUAACAUCCUUGGGCUGGACGCAAAGAAUUCUUUAUAUGAGCUCCUAGGGUGUAUUUAACCCACUGUUCCCUGUGGUCAGACAGGUCUUGUAAGAAUAUAUACUGUAUAUUAUAAUCAUGUAAUGAACUACAGAAGCAAAAGUGGGAUGAGUGUGCACGUCAUAAGCAGUAAGCUCUCUUUCAAACCAACUUGGGGAGUGGGAGGAAGGGAAUCUCUUAUCUAUCUCUAGCCUUGAUGCGGUGCAGUCAGAUCUUCUGAGUGUGCUUAACAGCUUAGCUGGGAACCCAUUUUAAGCAAGAGUCCUUUAAUUUAGGUCUAUUUUUGUCCUUUUGACGUCAGUGGAGCUAAAAUGGCUUAAAGCAUAACGGUGUUUGUGAUUUUCAGUCUAAGUAAUAGUAGACCAGAGAUGCUUGCUAUUUCCUUGAAACAGUAGCCAUUGUGUUACUCAUUUCCACCCGCAUUAAGUUCUGUCGUAGAGCUCCCACAACAACUGCAGUUUAGCAUUUGUAUCCUAGUUUGCACUUUAAACUGGGCACAGUGUUUUCUGUUCAGAAUUUCUUUUUUAGUACUUAGAGUGCAACUGUAGCAUCUGGUUAAAUGAAAUCCUCAAUGGAUUAAAGUUUGGGGAUUGGGUGUGUGUUUUUUUAAUUAUUAUUAUCAAAAUCUAAUUUAUACAAGAGUAAAAUACCUAGUUAAUGUGAUGGUUUACUAUAUAGGUGCUUGGACAAUGUAUGAGCAUGGAAGUUGGCCUAGCCAGUCGUGUGAUGCAUAGUUGCUGUGGUUUUCUAGAAAUGGUAUUCGGAGCCAAAUCUUGCUUGCUUAGGUAAAAAAAAAAAAAGUUUAGAACCAUGUGCAUGCAGCAUUGUCUAGGCUACUGAACAAGUAGAACUUGUAAUAAUAUUUAUUGUCAGCUGUGUAUGUGCUGUUAUGUAGCUUGUGUUCAACACAUCAAGUGAGCUAUAAAUCUGUAAGUAUUGUCUUGCUCUGGUUCGACUAAUAAUACCUAGACUAGUGGAAGUUGGGUGCUUUAAUAACUGGGUAAUGAAAAUGGUUUGUUCACUCCAUUGCUGGUGAGCGUUUUAUCUCAUUGGUGAUACCUGAGAAGUAGAACUUUUAUCUGCCCUUGUCUGGUUGUCUUGCCUGUCUCCUGCUGCAGGCCCAGAAAAAAAGUCCUCUUGUUUCUAAAUAGCUAUCUCAUUCCUCUGGCACUGGACCAGUGUAGGGCUCUUGCUUGCUUUCCGAGUGAAUGCUGAUGGCAUCAUUGAGGGGAAGGGAUUCUUUAAAUGCAAAUAACUGCUGUAGAGUAGGAAAUGAGAGUUUCUCAGUUUGUGUUUUUCUGUCUUUUAAUCACUACUUUCAAGAUCAGUAUUUUGUGUUCUUUCAAACAUUGCUUUGUAAUUAUUAGAAAAUGCAGAACUUGUGAUACUGGAGAAGUGCAAAACCAAUAUUCUUAUUAAACGGAUUCAGUCUUGAA